CGAAGCAUUGUUGGGGCUUUACUAGCCUUGUUGAACCGACUAUGGAGACGGAGAUAACGGAAGUAAGGACUGGAGCCGGGGCAUUGUGAUGGUGAUUUGCGCCAGUCUGUUGAGUUUUAGUCAGACCCCGUAAAGAAAGUGAGCUUCAGUCAGCUUCUCUAGUCUUACUCGCUAGGAUGGAGACGAAACGGAAAGAAAUGCGCAAGUCUUUAAGGAUCAAAGUAAUCUCCAUGGGUAACGCCGAGGUUGGCAAGAGCUGCGUCAUCAAGCGAUAUUGUGAGAAGAGAUUUGUGCCCAAAUAUCUUGCAACAAUUGGCAUUGAUUAUGGUGUCACCAAAGUGCAAAUUAGAGACCGAGAAAUCAAAGUGAAUAUCUUUGACAUGGCUGGACACUCCUUCUUUUAUGAGGUUCGCAAUGAAUUUUACAAAGACACCCAGGGUGUAAUCUUAGUGUAUGAUGUUGGGCAAAAGGAAUCAUUUGAUGCCCUUGACUUAUGGCUGGCUGAGAUGAAACAAGAACUUGGACCACAUGGAAACAUGGAAAACAUUAUUUUUGUGGUUUGUGCCAAUAAGAUUGAUUGUGGCAAGUUGCGCUGUGUGGAUGAAAGUGAAGGACGAUUGUGGGCAGAAAGCAGAGGAUUUCUUUAUUUUGAAACUUCUGCACAGACUGGAGAGGGAAUUAAUGAGAUGUUCCAGACUUUCUACUCAGCUAUUGUUGAUUUAUGUGAUAAUGGUGGAAAGCGCCCCAUAACCAGCACAAGCAACAGUUUCACUAAGGAGCAAGUAGACACCAUCCGGAAGAUUCGCAACAGCAAGGAUAGUUGGGAUAUGUUGGGUGUCAAACCAGGAGCUACAAGGGAUGAAGUAAACAAGGCCUAUCGAAAGUUGGCAGUGCUCCUCCACCCAGAUAAGUGUAUGGCUCCAGGCAGUGAGGAUGCCUUCAAAGCUGUGGUCAAUGCACGAACUGCCUUGCUCAAAAACAUCAAGUAAAACACAAGAAGAUGCAGCUUGUGCCAAUAGCAAGUGAUAUAGCUAUUCUGAGAGAGGCAUCAAGAAUUGCUCCUUGCAAAAGGAAGCAAGACCCAGAAAUUCCCUAAAGGCAAAUUUCCUUCAUCAUUUACUCUCAAAGCUGUUUUCUGUUCUACUACAAAUAGGUCAAUAUAGGAGACCUCUUUGAAUGCCUCAGGAACAGUAACAACAGUAAUACCCUGUCCUUUCUUUUCCCCUGCAAAAAAAUUGCCCAUAGACUGAGAUGACUCUAAAAUAUGUUACUUCUGUUUAAAUCACUUAUUUUAAUAUUGCUUAUUAUUUUCCUCAAAACCAAUGCUGAUAUUCAGCCUCUAAUGAAGCAAUUAGUUGUUCCUCUUUGUCCUACACUGGAAAUUAUUUUAUCCAUAUUUUUGAAUCACUUCAUUACUAAGUGGUUAAAGAAUUCCUGUUUUUUCAAAUAAAAAUUGGAAAAAUAUAGCAUAGUAGCCAGGAUCGAAGCACUAGUAGCCAUUAUGAGCUGUUGAUGGGACAGACAGUAACUCCUACAAAAUGAGUUAGGUGGUAAGUUGAUUUGAUCAUUAUUUGAGUCAUAUUGUUCUAGGCAUGUUUGUGUAUACCUCCCUGGAGUUGGCAAAGAAUGUAAUCUUCACCAGAUGUGAGAUUCAAUCACACAGAAGCUUAAUUUGUCUUAAUUUGUUUUCCCUUCCUCCCUAAUUGUAAAUUAAAUCAGGGAAGAAGGGAAGGGAAAAAGGAAAAGCUAACUGUAUAUACUGAAGUAUAAUUAACAGAGCCCCUGAAUUGAAAGAGACUAGGUGAAACAAACUCAGUGGUGGCCUGUUGAUUUCAUGAUUGGUACUAACAUGUUUGAUUGAUUGAUUGAUUUAUAUGCCACUGUGAUUUUCUGAACAGCUUACAUGCUUGUCCUAGAAGUAAAUUUAAAAACAUACAAACAAAUAAUUCCUUAGCAAGGAAUGAUACAAGAACUCCAUAUAAAUAACACCAUUACCCCAGUUAUAAAAAGGAACAACAUUUAUAGCAUAUUUAUAUUUUUUUUCUAAACUUAAAUGGGCAUUAAGUUAGGGGUAGGGUGGGGUGUGAUGCUAUUCCAAAGAAAGAAAUGAAGAAAACUCAACUGUAUUGAUAAGUGCUUCUUGGAUUUUUUGUUGAAAGAAUAUUCAGGCAAAAGGAUAACUAUUAAGCAAUACUUUUAACUCUUUUCUGGAAUUGGUGCUGGCUUGUAGAUCAUAGAAACAGUUUUUCAACUACCUAGAAUACAACCUCUGUCAUGGAGUUUCUCCAAAAACUGAUCUAACUUAGGAUACAAAUUAUUGAAAUUAUUUACCAUUCUAAGGAUCAUGGCAUAUUAUCUGACAAAAGAGAAAGAAUGCCUUAUGAACAAAUGGGUGAGUUGCCCAAAAAAUCCCACUUCAUGAAUUUAGGAAGAUUAUAUAGUAGUCCCAAAUACUGAAGAUCUUAGGCUUCAUUAAACUAAAAUUUGAGAAAUUCUGGAGAACAAAACUCUUUUAUAUGUAAUCAGUUAUUUAGCUGAUUUUUCUCAUGGUCAAAUGUAACAUAGUAGUUGUAAUGUGCAGUCAGACAUUACCCUCCAUCUAGCACCUAUUGCUAUUUAGAACAUCUCAAAAUAGUACAAAAAGUUAAGAUGGCGGUGUGCCUUGAUCUCUCUCUCUCUCUGAUUCUGUUUCUCCAGUCCCUGUGAAGGCCCAUAGGGAUUGGCAACUGUAUUACAUCGUAUAUUGGAAGGUAUGGGCGUAACACUCCUUUGGGAGUGUGUUAGAGGGUAGCAGUUGUACCUGAAAGUACAUAUUAAUUGAGAAAAUAACCAUCAGGUCACCGAGAGGUUUCAGUUUUCAGAAGGUUUUGAGAAUUUCCCUCCACAAGCCUUCUGUGAGUUCUUUGAGCCAAGGAAAGAGACGGUGUUCUCGGGAUGGACAUGGAGAAGUCCUGCAAGGCUGCCUUAUAAGAAAAGUCUCACUUGUGUGAAAACUAUCUAGCUUUUAAUCAAAAUACAGAAGGAGUAAGAUGCUUCACAGCCAAAAAACAAGUUUAUCCUCUCUGUAUGAAUAUAAAACACACAUUGCUGUGUGUGUGUCUGUGAUAGGUUUCUGUGAAUUUCUUCAAUAAUGUUCCUUUAUUUCCUGUCUUCUAGAAGUGAUAUUUAUUCUUCUGGUUGCUUGUGAAUGCUUUGUAAUGUCAAAUUCCUUUAAGCUACUGGAUAUGCUGUAUAUUCAUAAAUUGCACUUUUUUUUUGCGAUCUGGUUUGUCUAAAUGUUUUACAUCAUUAAUGUCCAAAUGAGUCCUAAGAAGGAAUUCUUGAUAACCUUUUCAUUCUUGAAAUUCCAUGUCCAGUUCUCCACCCUACACUGCUUAUAGCUUAUCGGAUAUAACAGUUUAGAUAUAUAAGAAGCUGCAGGCUUUUCUGGUAACCUAGGAUUCCUCUUUCUCCUGUUUGUAAAUACAGGAGCUGCUUCAAAGAAUAGGUAUCCUUGGGAAAGAGGUUUAAGAAACUGCUCACUUCUCUUUACAAGACAAUUUAAUCUCCCUUCCCCAUGCACUUGUGCUCUUAUGCCAAAUGGAAAGGGAGUAUUCCAGAAGGGUUAAAAUAGUACAUUGUUGCACAAUUAGGAAUUUGUAAAAUUGCUGCUAAUGAAAUUACAUUGCAUUCACUUUAUUUUAAAAUAGGUACCCUCCUUUGCAUUGAUUUUCAAAUUACAUAAUUUCUAAUUUGGUGUUUGUGUGUGAAUAGCUCAAAGCCUUCGAAGAAAACUCACUUUCAAGAAAAAAAAAUGGGAAGUUGUUGGGACAGAGUUCUUUGUAAUGUCUAUUAAUGUAUCAAAAUGCCAUCUUAACUGAAGGAGAGGGCAGUACUUAUAGAUCAGAACAUCAAAUAUUGGAAAGAUAACAGCUUGCUCAGAUCCUGUCCUGAAUAUUUGUCUGGACAGCAGCUUGUUGUAAUUUGUAAUGGUGGGGGCACAAUCAGCAAGGCACAUGAAAGGCAACAUUUUGCCAAAGCUGUUAUCCUCUGGGCAUGCCUCCUUUAAUUGCAGUCUUUAUUUAAAACACACAAACAUACAAUACACACACACACACACAUUUUUGUGCAAAAUAUUGCUUCCUAGUGCAGGCUUUGCUUCUGAAAAAAAUGGAACUAAUGUAACUGAAGGUAAUUAAGCUUCAGUUACAUAAUAGCAGGAAAUUUUUUCCAAUAUAUUUUCUGCUGUUCAGACUCCUAGACUUUCUGCGGGAGUACAGAAUUUGAGUGCACUGUAUUAUUUGGCAGAUUAUCACUUAAAUAAAAUGCCUGUAGGCAUAGAGGAUCUUUAAUGCUAAUUGAUAGAAAAUGCACUCCUGCCUGCUGUUCUAGCCAAGGCCUUAUGUACUUGAAAUCUCUGUAUUAAAUCUACUGUGUCAGUUGUUUAUUUUUAAAAUAUUUAACUGGGACUGAGACCCUUGUAUACCUUUCUACCUGUUGGAACUAUGGCAAAUGCAUUAGUUUGGAUGAGUGCUAACUUAAAACCACCUACCUGCUUUUACAGUUAUUUUAUAUACAGUAUUGAGCUUGAUGUUUCCUUAAAUGAAAACCUGGCCUGCUAUCUGCAUUUUGUAAUUAAAUCUAUGCUUGGCUGAAAAAUCAA